CUUUCAUGUGACAAAUACUAGCCCUAACUUUAUGUAGAAUUUUCAAUCAAAUCUGUUCAUUUUUCAUGGGUUUAAAAAAUGUUUUUACACCACACAAUUAUUACGACACCGAUUGUAAGAUCAAAGGUCCGAAUCCAAGAAAACCUCAGCAGAUUAUUCCAUCGCCGAACACUUCCAAAGGAAAGACUCACGAAAAGUAAAGACACAACGCAAUAUUCAGUCUUUUAGCGACACGUACAACCCCUCAAAGCGGUGCCCUCUGCUCUCUCUCCUAUAAAUCUAUCCGUUGCUGGCGGUCCCUUUCUGAAAAGGACAGCCCCAAUAUUAUAAUUAAUUGCACUUUCACCCCCUACCCUACAAAAUUCCCUUUCGAUUUCAAUCGAGCUGUUUCUUGUACUACACUUGUCAUCUCUAUCAACGCUGCUGUGUUUAUUACCUGUAGUCUGUGUGUGUCCUUCAUAAUUUCCUUUUACAGAUGCGCUGUUAAGUUUCCACGAUAUUAUUGGGAUGAGCGAUUCAAUGUGCUGUUACUCACAGCACUAUUUUUUUUGGGGGUAUUAAUUGCUUGUCAGAGAGGACCUGUUAGAGUGUGUAAAUUUCCCAUCGCAAUUGUUUUAACGAAAGAUAAAUGCGGUUUUUAUUCGCAUUUUGUUGUUUUUUUCCUGUCGUAUGAGCUACUACUGUAGUGCAUUUAUUUUUUCUGGUAUUUGUGAGGUACUUUGCGAUAUAAAUAGUCCGCUGCUGCUGGUCCAGUAAAUAUCAAGAGUCAUUAUUGUUGAUAAUGAGGCAAGUCCAUCCCUCACAUAGUGAUAGCCAAAGGGGCGUAGCCAUGGCUGGUGCUCUUGUGCUGCUCGUACCUUUCAUUUUCCCUAAUCUUUUCACGCCUUUGGGCCAUGCUUUUCCCUCUGUUCUCUCGGAGUGGAAUGCCCCUAAACCUAGACACUCUCGAUUACUUAAGAGUGCCUUACAGCGCCAGAUUCCUGAAAGAAGACAGGCUGAUCUAUGGAUGCCUUUGGCCCAUCAACGACUGAAACCCUGUGCUAGAUCUGACCGAACCUCCUCGUUGCCAGAGAAAUCUCGGGGAUAUAUUCAGGUCUUCCUUGACGGGGGACUAAAUCAGCAAAGGAUGGGUAUUUGUGAUGCAGUUGCUGUUGCCAAAAUACUGAAUGCAACUCUCAUAAUUCCUCAUCUUGAAGUAAAUCCGGUGUGGCAAGAUUCAAGCACGUUUAUGGAUAUAUUUGAUGUGGAUCAAUUCAUUAAUGUAUUGAAAAACGACAUAUCUGUUGUUAAAGAAUUGCCGGAUGAAUAUUAUUGGAGCACACGGGAGUAUUAUGCCACCGCAAUUCGAGCCACCAGAGUGAAAACAGCACCUGUUCAUGCAUCGGCCCACUGGUAUCUAGAGAAUGUAUUGCCUGUCCUAGAGAGCUAUGGAAUUGCUGCAAUUGCACCAUUCUCACAUCGUCUGGCCUUUGACAAUAUGCCUGAGGAAAUCCAACGGCUGCGUUGUAAAGUCAACUUUCAGGCCUUAGUUUUUGUUCCCCACAUCAAAUCUCUUGGAGAUGCUCUUGUGAGUCGUCUUAGACAGUCUCCGAACACACAUGAAGUGGGCAGGAAUAACUACCUUGGAAAAUUCGGUGAUGUUAUGGACAAGAAAGGGACCGGAAAGUUUGUGGUUCUCCAUCUUCGGUUUGACAAGGAUAUGGCUGCUCACUCAGCAUGUGACUUCGGUGGAGGUAAGGCUGAAAAAUUGGCUCUGGCAAAGUACAGACAGGUUAUAUGGCAGGGCAGAGUUUUAAAUUCUCAAUUUACGGAUGAGGAGUUGAGGAGUCGAGGACGGUGCCCUUUGACUCCCGAAGAAAUUGGUUUGCUCCUAGCAGCUUUAGGAUUCAACAACUCAACUCGCUUAUAUCUUGCUUCCCACAAGGUGUAUGGCGGGGAAGCUAGAAUCUCAACCUUACGAAGUUUGUUUCCUUUUAUGGAAGACAAAAAGAGCCUAGCCUCCUCAGAGGAAAGAGCUCAAAUUAAUGGAAAGGCUUCACUGUUAGCUGCUGUUGAUUAUUAUGUCAGCAUUCACAGUGAUAUCUUCAUUUCAGCUUCGCCUGGAAAUAUGCAUAAUGCCGUGGUGGGCCAUCGUACGUACGAAAAUAAGAAAACCAUAAGGCCUAACAUGGCAUUGUUGGGCCAGCUUUUCCUGAACAAGAGCCUAAAUUGGCCAGAGUUUGAAAAUUCUGUUGUUGAAGGGCACAAGAACAGACAAGGGCAGCUCAGGCUACGUAAACCCGAACAGUCAAUAUACACAUAUCCUGCUCCUGAUUGCAUGUGCAAUGCUUGAGGAGAUUUGUUUGCCUGCAACAGUCAAUAUACACAUUAACCUGCUCCUGAUUGAUUACACAUUAACCUACUGUUUCUGGCUUGUAAUAUCUUCUGGAAUAAGGUACGGCUUCUCUUUUGUUUAGUUAUAGAGUUGCUCGAAAGACAUACAGAAGGAAUUCAUCUGGGUUUUCGGAGACUGGUGUAUUUAAUGUCGGCUCGUAAUAUAUUCUUGGUGUGAAAUUUGAGGUUCUUGGAUAGUUAGGAAUUUCUGUAAUGUUCCAUCUGGGAUAAUGUUGUUUGUUGGAGUUUGUGUUUGACAAUGAGAACAGAACUCAUUACAUUCUUGUUGUAUGUUAUAUUACUUAUACCUUUGGGUUCACAUGGUUGCUAAGUUUGAGUAGUAUAUUGUGUAAGUUCUUGUUGAGCGGAUUAUCCAAUGGGUCGGAUUUAGCCUUUAUCGGUACCUGUAACCACUGAAGUUAGUUCCGUAAAUCAGAUGGCGAUACUAUUUUAAGUAUAAGUUGUACUAUUGUU